AUGGCUGUCCCCCGCGCAAUUCGUCAGGUAUUCCUGGCCAUUGAGCAAGCAGAGGGCGUCGGUGCGCGAGUCCGUCGCUCCAUUGGCACCGCCAAACUACGCAACUUGAGCCCGUUCCUCAUGCUGGAUCAUUUCACCGCCGGCGCUGAGGCCGGCUUCCCCGACCAUCCGCACCGAGGUCAAGAGACCAUCACCUACCUGCUCUCCGGAGCGGUGGACCAUGAGGAUUUCGCCGGGAACAAAGGCACCAUUGGACCCGGCGAUUUGCAAUUCAUGACCGCCGGACGAGGCAUCAUGCAUGCUGAAAUGCCGCGUAAGAACCCUGAUGGCAGUCCCAACGAAGGCAUGCAGUUAUGGGUCGAUCUGCCAAAGAACCUGAAGAUGUGCGAACCGCGGUAUCGCGAUCUGCGUGCCCACGAGAUCCCCACCGUGGAUAUCGAUGGCGGUCGUGUCACUGUUAAGGUCAUCUCCGGUCAGUCGCACGGGGUCGACUCUGUGCGGGAUCUUGCCUACACGCCUGUCUGGAUCUUGGACGUCACCGUGCGUCCGGGAGGUCGUAUCCGGCAGAAUUUACCGAUGGGCUGGAAUGCCUUCGCCUAUACGUUUGCCGGUACCACGGUGUUCGGGUCUAAUGACUCCACGCGUCUGGUGAAGGAGUACCAUAAUGUCGUCUUCGAACAGGGCGGGGAUCACAUCGAGGCUUCCGUGCCAGACAAUGCCGAGUCCGAGUCGCGGUUCAUUCUGGUGGCCGGCCAGCCGCUGAACCAGAAAGUGGUACAGUAUGGUCCGUUUGUCUUGACCAGCCAGGAGGAGGUGUAUCAGGCUAUGCUGGACUACCAGACUGCGUCGAAUGGAUUCGAGAGGUCCCGCGGCUGGGAGAGUGAAAUCGGGAAGAGAAUGGCGAUGUAG